AUGCCAAGUCCUUAUCCAUCCGGUCUUUCCAUCGAAGAGAAGGACUGCCUCUUCCCAGCCAAACUGGAGAAGUUAUUAGAGCGACCAGAACCAACGCCAGGAGUUUCAGAAGAAUGGGGCUCUGGUUGGACUGGACCAAAUUUUAUUGUGGAAAUCGAAGAGACUGGAUCUGCCGCAGCAACGACCUCAGAUUAUAUCAGCAGCCACGAAGAUGUGACCAACGAAACAGCAUUGAACUCCACCGCGGCGGGGAGUGGUCCCAAAAUCGUCGUGCGACCAGAGGAGGUAAUCAUUGUUGGCCUCGUAUUGAUGCUUUGGGUGGGCGCAAUCGUUUUGUUCUUUAACCGUUGGGGUAAAAUACGUAUGCUGGAACCGUAUCAACCGAAAUUUCAGCAACAACAUCGAUCUUCCUGUCCGCUGGUCGAUAUGGACGCAAUACCAACACAUGGGCGUGCAUCUGUGUCUCGUAUGUCAAUGGGCCUAGUCAAUAACAUCAAUAUGCCAACAUGUCAUUUCGCUGCAUAUAAUCCCACGAUAUAUGCUAAAGGUUAUGCGCCGCCUGCGCGUCUACGACAAAACUCCGUAUUCGUUGGUCCGAGCCCCAAUCUGUUUAUGAUGCCACGACCGCCACGCAAAACGCGCUCCGCCAUGGAUUUGCAUUCGAUGGUGUUGGACGAAGCGGCGGAGCAAGUGUAA